CCCACCCACCCGGAGACUAAUCUGAUCCCCGCAGUCCCCCGGGACCAGCGACGUCCCAGAGGACCCACGAGGGAGCGGGAGCAACGCGUGGCUGUGGGUGGGAGCCAUGGACGCCUUCAUCCGAGUCGCCAACCAAAGCCAGGGCCGGGACCGACUUUUCAGAGCCACUCAGCAUGCAUGCAUGUUGCUUAGAUAUUUGUUAGAGUCUAAGGCUGGCAGAGAGGCGCUGGCAAUGAAGCUCAAGAGUCUGGAGUCCAGUGUGAGCGCUGGCCGUAAAUGGUUCAGACUAGGCAACGUGCUCCAUGCCAUCCAGGCAACUGAGCAGAGCAUCCAAGCCACUGAUCUUGUGCCCCGCUUAUGCCUGACAUUAGCCAACCUGAACCGCGUGGUUUAUUACAUCUGUGACACUGUCCUCUGGGCGAAGAGUGUGGGUCUUACCUCUGGAAUCAACAGAGAGAAAUGGCAAAUGUGGGCAGCCCGCCACUACUACUAUUUCCUCUUGCUGAGCCUGGUCCGGGAUCUGUAUGAAAUCUUGCUGCAGAUGGGACAAGUUGCACGUGACAGAGCAGAGAGAGAGAAAUCUUCCCGGGACCCUCCUAAGUACAGCGUGGCUAAUGAAGAAAGUGAAUGGCUCCAGUCCUUCCUCUUCCUCCUAUUUCAGUCUCUAAAGCGACAUCCUCCCUUGCUCCUGGACACCGUGAAGAACUUCUGUGACAUCCUGAUCCCUUUGAACCAGCUUGGGAUCUACAAGUCCAAUCUCGGCGUGGUCGGAUUUGGAGGCCUCGUGUCUUCUUUGGCUGGGCUCAUCACUGUAGUGUACCCUCAGCUGAAACUGAAGGCCCGCUAGGGAGUUUGGAAGCUUUAAGGCUAGCAGUUCAGUGGAACAAACAUUAGUUUUUGUCACGAUGUCUACUUAAUUUUUUUUAAUCAUGUGAGCAUCUUACCAACCUGUGAUGUGAGCAGAGGUAGGACCAACAAUGGUGCAUGAAGACUGAUAUGUUUUUUGUAAAUGCUGCAGUAACUUCUGAACAUUUUCCCUUCAGCUAACAUUACUGAGCAUCUUUUACAUAAAUAGUAAGAGCUUAUGCUGAACAAAUAAAGAUGGAAAGGAAAGAAAUCAUAAAAGACCCAAAGAAACAAGAAUUACAGAUCGGGUUGCAUGGGUCCUUGAUUUCACACAAGCACAUCAGGGCUGGAGCUCAGCACUCCUAGCUCUGGUUAAGGUUUCCCUUUUCUCCCGUCUGUUGUUAUCCCCCGUCCCCACAGAUGUCAGUAGUGGGAUGGAGGGGAGCUGGGCUCAGAGCCUCUUAACCUGUUGGCCCCGGUCACUGCCGAAGUCACUGCCGCAGUUGUGUCCUGACCAUGUCCAGAAGUAGACCCAGAAAAACAUCACCACCUUUGCAGUGGAAGCUGUGUGCACAGGUAGUGCUAUGAGUAAACAAGAAAGCACCGGAGGGGACCAGAGGUGAAAGUAGGUGGGAGGUCACUGCUGUCUAUUACAUAAUCCAUCACAGAUAAGGAAGUUGACAGUACAAAACAAAGCCGAUGGCACAGCUUCAUUCUGAGGCUUACCAAGAUGAUUCCUGUGACCUCCUGACCUCCAGCAGCGUUUCCAGGCUCAGAGCCCUUUACCCCUUAACAUGCCCCCCACCCCCACCAGGCCUGGAAGUUCAACUGAUGGUCUGUGUUCUAGUCUCUGAAGCACAAAGCAAUGGAGGCUCACCCAGGUUGGUUUUAUUUAAAGCUAUAUAACAGUUUGGGCAAUUCCACAGUAAUCUUUAUCAAAAUAAGAGAAUUAAAAUUUUUCUGUCUACGAAUGUAGGAAUGUCAGUUUUCUGCGACAAACCCGAUUUUCUCAGGACAACUGGGAGGGACAGGAGAAAGAGCAGUAGGGCCAGUGGAGAGGACGUGGGGCCGAGUCAGUGCAUUUGCCCAUGCUCGCUCUUCAUGGUUCAGUCUUCCUGUCUUGAGCUUGGUUAGUUUAGUGUGUGGAGUGGGAGACACUGGCCAGCAGGUGGGCGUGUGUCAGCACCUACAAAGCCACGUGUAUUUAGGUGUUAAUGAGAACUAUGCACUAAGUAGCUGCUUCCCGUGAAUGUGAACAAGAGUCUUGAAAAGUGGACUCAGGCCCUUGGCACUCUAUUUUUAAAAUGAUAAUGUGCUUUGAAAAAACUUUUUUUGGAGAGGAGGGGUCAUUGAGAUAAAGUGGCUAAAACAAGACAAAUACCAGCAAAUUCCUAUUUGUACCGUAACAUUAAUUAUGUCUAAUAAAUUUCUAGAUAAAAUUGA